UUGUGUCUUGUCAAAACAGACGUUCCACGGAAAGAAAGUAUUGUGAUUUUGUGCAAUAAACUCAUUUAUUUCUAGUUAAUAAUAAUGUGUAAAUAAACAGUUACUCACAUGUAUAUCAAAUAUGGAUUCGAAUUUACCAUUUUUUAGUCUCCCGUUCGCGGAUACGGAGACUUCAGACUUUUUUGGGAGGAUAAAGCCGGAGGGUGCGUACGAUGGACUCCACGCUGCGUUACCGUCGCAUGGGUCGCUACUGGGCCCCGACGAUGUGUUGGCCCAGUUCCUGUCAGGCGAUGAACCUCUCGAGGAGCCCGACCUCAAUGGACCCACGACUCUGCACUGCGAGAUAUGUAAGAAGCAAUUUGAUAACGCCAAGAAGUAUUACGGACAUCUUAGAGUCCACUCCAAGGAUAAUCUGUGGGUUUGUGAAAAAUGUCCCGACCAGAAGUUCUCGACGAAACAGCAGUUGAUGAAGCAUGGCCUCACGCACAAGCCUCUUGGUAGAGACUGGAAGUGCUUGCAUUGCAACAUGGCAUUCGAGGCUCUCUGGAAACUACAGCAGCAUCUAUUUGCUAAACAUUUAGAUUACAAGCCACAUAAAUGUGAUCAAUGUGAGAAAGCAUUUGCUAAGCCAUCAGAUUUAAAAAAACACAAAGACAUGCACAAUGAUGUAAACAAGUAUCCAUGUCCAGAAUGUGAGAUGCGGUUCAAGGACAAGUCCAACCUGAAGCGCCACAUGUUGCGGCACGGGAACGUGCAGCCCUACUGCUGCAGCGGUUGCGGGACCAAGUUCAAACAGGUGGCCUCUCUAAACCGUCACACUGAAAACUGCGUGCUAUACAUGUCGACCGCCCAGCCAAUAGAUAAGGGAGCUAGAAAGAACUACUGCCGCGUCUGUGGCAUGAGCUUCCAGUACAAAAGUGCGCUGUUGGAGCAUUGUGUCAGACAACACACAAUAUCAACAGCGAAACCGUCAGAACCAGAGAAAGAAGACAAAAGUCUAACUGACACAAAUAGAAUUGUAGACAACAUAGUAGACGAUAUACUAUCGGCAGAAGACGAUUACAUGACAAUGUCCACACAGAAUGAAAUACUAAACGUAUAUAACACUAAUGAUAUAGACGCUAACACCGAAAAUCUAAUGCAAAUAGAACUAUUAGACGAAAUGAACCAACUUCACAUAUUGGACGGAGAGCUAUUUUACAACGAUAUGGAUUUUGAUAGCAUUCAACCCAGCCACAUGUUUAAUAACAACACUGAGAUCGAUUAUACAACAGACAAAAAUACAGAAAUAUUAUUUGACUAUACAGAUACGAAUAAAAGUAAUGAUCAAGAUAUUAUGAAUACGCUGUUUCAUGUGAAAGCUGAGUAUUUACCUGAAGAGUUGCUAAACCCGCCUGAAGUAGUGAAACCAGCAGAAAAACCUCCUGAAUUCACAAAUGUAGCAGUGGACGAAUGUGCUACUAUAUUUGAGAGUGACGUAGAUUUGGAAGCUAGUACCAAUUUAGCGGCAAAUUUAAACCAGUUGAUUGGUGAGAAUAGUGUCCAGUACAUAUCUACUGAGGACGAUGAUACGUUUAUAAUUAGUUUAAAUAGUGAAAUUGAUGCUGAACAACUGACUGAUAUGUUGAAUAUUGGUGUCGAAUUAGUUGAUAAGAAGGAUAAUGUACCUGAAACUAGUAUUAUUAAUAAUAAUUCCGAUGUGUUAAGAAAGGUAGCGACUGUAGAUCCCAAGGUUGAUGAUUGUCCAGUCAAUGCUACAGUUUUAAAGGAAGAUGCCAUCGCUCCUAUAGAAGAUGUGGUUGGUAAAAAGCCAAAGGUACUGAAGGCUAGAAAGAGAGUGUUGUAUAUCUGCCGGACGUGUAAUAAAGUGUUUAAGAGGAAGAAUAAUUAUAAAUCUCAUAUAGCGACCCACGAGCCAUCUCUCCGGCAGUACAAGUGCAAGGUGUGCGGCGAGCAGUUCAGCUACCAGUCGACGUUGAACAAACACACGCGCGCCAAACAUACACCCGCCGUGCUGCCCGACCACAGCUGUAGUAUCUGCGAUAAACACUUUAAUCAUGCUUGGAUGUUGAGAGACCACUUCCUGCGCGACCACGACGGCGUGACCCCCCACGAGUGUGACUACAAGGGCUGUAAGAAGAGUUUCUUCAAGAAGUGCGACCUCGUCGUACAUAAGAGGAGCCACACAGGAGAGCGUCCGUACUCGUGCAGUAUAUGCAGCCGCAAGUUCCAGCAACUGGGACAUCUCAAGCGACACGAGAGGGGCGUCGACUGCACUAAACAUUUACAGAAACAGAAGUCUUGCUCGUUGCUGAUCCUGCAGGAAGUGCCGGCGAAGACUAAUAACAGCUGUGAUAUUAAAAAAGUAAAGCUAAAGAAAUAAAACUAUAGUUACGUAAUCAAA